GUCGGGGUAAGAGGAGGGGGUGUCAGGAAGAGCAUGUUGAUCAGGCUCUUAAACACAAAGCUCCUGUUCAGUACUCAACUCUUACUGCUCCCUGCUAGAGUGCUACAGAUCAGCAUUACCCGGGGCCUUUUCACCUGCUGCAAGGUAACAUCCCAUGAUUCUUUUUUUAAAACGUUCUGUAUCCUUGAGUGCUACAAUACAUUGCAUCAUUUCUGGUUGUCCAACUCUGACUUAAUCUGUUUGUUAUUCGUGACACUUAUAAGGGAGGUCCCUUCAUGUGUCUGUGCUAAAAUUGGAUAAACUGUGUUUAUAGUAUUAACCAGCGAGAUGUACUUCUGAGGUCUGUAUUGUAAAUAGAGCUGAGGUUUAUUACUGUGUUCUAUAAAAGAAGUGAAUUACAGGUUACGAUAGCCGUGUAUUAAGAGAACACAAAUUAAUAUUUUGUGAUACAGAGAAGAAGGUGACAGUUGUGUGUCUAUAUGCCGACCUUUUAGGACCAGGUCAGAGGUGCGACCUUAUAGGAGAGGGUCAGUGGUAUAUACCUGGAUAGCUACCUAUGAGGAGAGGGCCUGAGAUGUGUGCACUGCGUGCAUUGCCUAUUAGGAGAGGAUGGAAGGUGUGCCCACAUUUCUGAUUAGAAUAGUGUGCCCAAAUGUGUUCACAUAAAGUGAAAUAUACGUUCUCCGUGGAAGUGCAGUAGGCAUAGUGACCGGACCUGAAUAAUAUCUAGGUAUCGAGAAGUAGAAUGUAAAAUUACUUCUGAAGUCUGUGUAUUCGGAGACACGUGCCCUGGUACAUGUAAGAUGCAUAGUACUGGUAUUUAUCUAGGGAGGUGUAUUAAUCACCUGUAUAUUUAUAGAUAUGGGCAUUUUGAGAAAUGGACAGUGUGUAUAUUUGUGUACAUAUCCAUGCACAUCCUUCAAGCCUGCUUGAUAGCUCAUUCUACCUUUGUGCUCCUGAAAACAGUUGGGCUGGACUGGAAACUGUGAGAAAUGUCUUAAAACGUCCUGGUGUUUAUUCUGUGUGUAAAAUGUUUAACACCAAACCGUACUUUUCAAUGUGAGAGCACACAGUAUGUGGGCCUAACAUAAUACAAAUAAAUAAAUCGAGUAUUGUUAACUGAAACCCAAAUCGCAAUAGCCAGGCAUCCAGUAAAUCUGAGUUGGGCAACUUUUCAAAACCAGCAGUUUUUGACUACAUUUUGUAGUUUAGUUUUCAUUUAAUUACAUUUCAGUGAAAAGCAUAAUAAACACCUAUAAUUGUUUUAGUAAAUUAGUAUAUUCUCCCAUUAUGAAAACUCAUUGCUUUAGGGUAUUAUAUCCGUUAAUAAGAUGAGUUUGACCAGUGUGCUCCAUGUGGUGUAUAUACUGAGUGAUUUAACACUUUCAUAUAUAGUUUUAAGUUCAGGAGGAGCUCCUAUGCAUAUUUAUUUCUACAUAUUGCUAGUCAAAGUAUAAGUCAUAGGAAAAGUAUUUUACUUAAAGUUACAUAUAUAAUGGGUGUGUUAGUAGAUUUGGGGAGAUUUGUUGGAAGAUUGUGCUGUACCUUCAAAUGGAAAAAAUGUGUGGUUUUGGUACAGACAGCUUAGUAGUUAUGUUUGUAUAGUUGGGUUUUUGACCGAUUGUCAUUUUGUUCAAAGACAAAAUAUGAAUGUAUCUGGAAGUAUAUAUGUUUAUAUGCGGAUGCACUAAUUUAGAAACCUGUUUUUGUAGCAUGGGUUUUUACUGGUCUACUCUUUGGUUUUUCCUCCUACUGUAUUUUAGGAUGGACACUGGUCGCCAAUAAAUUGCAGUGGUAAAAGUGUUAACUUUCUUGACAAUAAUGCUGCUGUUCUGAAGAGUGCAGAUGGCAGUGGGAAGCUGUGAAUGGUAUCAACUGUGUAUAAAGCCAACUCACACACCACUCUUUUGUUUUGUUAGGGGUUAUUGUUUGAACAUUAAUUUGGACAAUGGACAAUUUUCAACUAGUGCUGAUAAAAUUCCUUCGCCAUCACUGAAUGAUUGUUGUGUAGUUUCCACUGAUCGAAAGAAAUGCAUAGUAUUUUUUUAUAUUUUCAAGAUGUAAACAUUUUCAUAUCUUUAACAGAGCAUUUCUUUUACCAGUUGUAUCUUUUUGGGCAACAUAAUAAGUUUCUUUGGAAAUAAGGAACAUAUUUUCUCACUGAAUUCUCACAAGAAUUAUAUGAAUAUAAUAUAAUAAACAUCCCAAUAAAUUGGUUUUAUGUUCAUAUGUCACUUUUUUUGUUUCCUGUAGGUAACUGCCACAUUGAAGAGAUCCAAGCGAUUGUUGGCCAAGACUCUAAAUCUUACAAUGUCUACACAAGCUGCGAAAGACCACACAGAGGGUCACAAGAUCCCAUUGCUUGUGGAUGACCACACAGUCACCACUGUUCGAGAAUCAAAGAUCUUGGUUAUCUUGAGAGGUUUGCCAGGUAGUGGGAAGACCAGCUUGGCGAAGGAAAUAGAACAAAAAUUUAAGGACAACUCCCGUUUAAUUUCUGCUGAUAACCACAACAUCAAACCAACUAUUAGGCCAUCUGAUGAAGGAGAGUACUCUAAAAUGGAUGAGGAGCUCAACACAUGCUGUGAGAGACGUGAAGCUAACUUGGUCAUUCUUGAUGACACACAUCAUGACCAGGAACGGCUGAACGGGCUCUUUGAUUUAGCCAACAAGUACCACUUCACGGUACUUAUACUAGAACCCAAAACUCCUUGGAGACUGGACUGUGGUCAGUUAAAGGAUCGAAAUCAUUGGAAGUUGUCUCUAGAGGAAUUGAAGAACUUAAGGCCUACUUUGGAAAAGGAACUUGUCCCGCUGUACUUCGGCUGGUUUGUGAUGAAACGUGAUGAGGAUACACUAAGAAAGACCAGUCAUGACUUCCUGGAGCAGUUGAGCAAUUUCAAGCCAUUUAGGAAGCGUUUGCAAGAAUGUAUGUAAAAUGCACAACAUUAACCAAAAUGAUUUAGAUUACAUACAGGAAAACUAAUUGAUAAGAAAACUAUGGUUUGAUAUUGAAAACACUCUGUAUCUUGCAUUACUGCUUCUUAGUGGUGCAUAUAAUGAGUAUUCUUUCUCUAUGAAACACCAUAUUACACUCUGCAAAUAAUGUAAAUGUAUCUAGACAUUAUUGGUCCAGUAGUGUAAACUUUGGGGUGGGUGAAGUACAAAUGUAGUGAAUUUCAAAUGAGUGGGCUAAGAAGAAUGAGUGUAUAGAGGGUUAUUGUUCUAAAAGACACUGGGUUGAACAAUUUAUCACAUGAGGUUACAGGCAGAAGCAAUAGUAGAUGUUCCUUCUCAAAUGUCAGGGGGACUAACAGAUCAACACCCUAACUUUGUAUGCUUCUAAGAAAAGAAAAAUAAGAAUGUGAAUCUAGAAUAAAUGCUGUGAUGAGGUUUUCUGUUGGGAUUCUACUAGCUGAGUAAUUAGUGAGAGAAACAAGGAAUGAAAAUAGUCUUGGUUGGAAGGAAUAAUAAAUUAAAACAUUUAGUAGUGUGGGGGUGGUAGAGCAAAAUGUAUAUGUUGGCAUUUGUGAAAUAUAGCAUUUUAUAAUGAACUGUUUAGAGUGUGGAGAAUCUGAGUUGCUUUAGAAGGGCACAUAAUUAUUUUGUAGUAGGUGCAUUAUGGCUCCUGUUCACUAUGUAUAAUUGAGGUAUAGUUGGCUUUGGUCGAAUGGGAAUUGAAUUCCACAAACUAAGCUAAUACUAGUAUAGAGGAACAUCUAAUAUGCAAUUGAGAAUAUGAUGGGCUAUUGGUAAAAAGUACACUCCGUGCACCAUAAGAACUUCAUUAACAUUAAGUUGUUAUGGUGCCUGGAUGUCAAUGACACUGACUUACCUUUAGGGUUUAAAUCGUGUAUGUAUGGUUUAACCUCAAGGUCUGUGCUCCAUUGCCAGCUCCUUUUGCUCCACAGUCCUUCUGCUUUCUCAAGAACGGAAGAUUUGGGUAGGGGUUUAUACUGUUCGUUUACCUAAAGGUAAGCCCACACAAGGGACCUCCUGCCACCAUAAGGUAAUUUUGAUGAAGUUAUUAUGGUGCCCAGUGUGUUCCUUUAAAUAGAGCUCUUCAUCUGAAAAAUCAUUACUUUUGGAGCCUGGUGGCAGCAAAGUUUUGACACAAAGAAAAAUGUUCAUCUAUAUAUUUUAUACAGGGUUCGAUGUACAAUUCCCCUUUGAGUUGUAGUCACAUUUAUGGAACUUUAUCAGUGGUUCAGUUUAGUAGCGUGAGUUCAGGAGUAUUGAAUCUUUUAAAAAUCUACUUGUCAGUCUGGUCAACAUACUUGUCCCAAUGUAAAAUAAUUUAAAUUACAAAGGUUGGGGCUUCUGCGAAGAAACCUGGACAUUGACAGAGCUAUUUGCUGAGCUAUUUACAAAUUAAAUCUGAAAGAAAAAAUGGAGGCAAAAAUAGCUUGUUUGGAAUAAAUUGGGAAUUACUAUGAAUGUCAUACCCUCUGCUGUGUGUGUGUGUGUGUGUGUGUGUGCGUGCGUGCGUGCGCGCGCGCACGCACGCACGCGUGCUGGCUGUACAUGGAUGUGAUUUGUGAUAUACACAUAUACAGACCCGUAAACAAAAUAUACUGCACACUGCUACAUGCAUCCACUAACACAGACUUACUGACUGACCCAUAUACACACAAACUACACAUUCUCUGACACUCCGACACCAGCAUCUGCCUGGAUUUUCAGCAGUGAGUGUAUAGCCUGUCCCAUUCUCUGUCUGCCAUGCACAGUGCUGGCUGCUGGGAUAUGACAUCAUGCUUUAUCCUGGUGGGAUUCAGCCAUGUGCAUCACAAGGAACUGCUAACUGCUGCCGCAGCCACCGAUAAGCAGCAGACUGCCCUAGCUGCAGGACAUUUCCUGGUGGGCCAGUACGGUCUUCACAAUAAUGCCUUGGAGGCAUAGGUGGUACCCUGGUACAGUGUCUGCCGGGCAUCUAUACCCCCAAGGUAGCCCUGCCGCUUGUCAACUGACAGGGGUAAAAGAAUAAAUAAACUUACAGCAUUACGCAGGCGUCAGGCAAUUAAAAUUCCUCGCCCCUACUUUUUAUAUUCUAGAGGGCAAACAUGCUCAGAAACAAUCUUCACUUGGGUCAUCAAGAGAACAUAUUGUUACAAGUAAGCAAGAUACAAUAUUUUUAUUUAGAGUGUACUGUCCCUUUUAAAUUACCGGAAGUUGCAUGUACUGUUUUAAAGAGUCUUUACCAAAAGGAAAUUGUGUAUACUUCACUAUGGUGGGAGUGUCAACCACUGCUUCAAAGUUGCAUAUAUUUGAGGUAUCUAACCAGCAGGCACCUAAGUAGUGGCCAUCAACUCUUUUCUUUACUCAAACGUUAUUGACUACAAAUAUUUGACCAAUUGAUCCUUAAAACUUGAAUGGAAAUGUUGCCUACAGCAGAAAUAUUAUAUUUGCUAUCCAAAGGAUUGGCAGGUCAACUUGGUGUGAAUGCACACCAAGUUGACUGUCCCUCAUGCAGGCUGGCCUCUGAAAGGUAGCAAUGCCAUGAGCGCAGCACUUGCAAGUCUAAUGAUGUGCUCGCUCUGUUUGUUGGGGACAGUUCUCUGGUGUCCCCAAAAGUGGGACACCAGGUUAGAAAGUCAGGAGCUUGAGACAGGACCUAACAAUCUGGACUGUCUCCCCAUAAUUGGGACGCUUGGGAGCCAUGUUCAUAAGUUGGAUAACUGCUUAUUGAUCCAAAUCAACAUCUGCUUAAGGAGAUGUUGGAACUGAGAUGUGUAAAUUGAAUUUGAUGUACUUUUGUCAAUCUACAUUUCUAUGUAGAUGGGAGCAAUUUUACUUACCUUUCCCAAUUAACAUAUUACAUCACAAUAAUGCAGCCCUUUACUCCAUGUAUAAAAUUAAUAGUUUUCACCUCCAGAAAACUGAUUAAUAAAGGUUUGUCUAUAACACAGGAAACUCAUACUCCUGCAUAAUAACUAAAAAGUAGUAUGAUUCCAAUAUGAUGUCCCAGUGUGGAAUCUAUUGUACCUGUAGAAUCCCCAUUUCACUAUUAUAAAUUUUUUAAUUCUACACCUGCUGGCUUCAUUUAUUAAUGUGUUUGUGAUAUCUAUCCCUCUCUCCUGUGUAUGUGUAUGUGUGUAUAUAUAAUUUUUUGUUUUGUAGUUUAACUUUAGUCAGGUAUAUAUGUAUGGUGCUGCAAAACAAUGAAUUCUUGUUACCAAAGCUCUCCUGGCAUGCCAAGAGUCAUAUCCUAUAUAAAGCGCUACGGAAUCUGUUGGCGCUAUAUAAAUGAUAAUAAUAAUUCUCUAAAUCCUUGUGUGUGCUUGAGUGAAAACUGGGAUCCCCUAAGACAGCAAAUAUUGUUGUUUUAUGAAGGAUGUUUUAUAGGCGAAUGAGACUGUGUCCUUACCUCUAAACUGUUGGCCCAGUAAAAUCCUAUGGAUAUUUAUAUUCGUCUUUAAUAUAAUGCAUUUUUUUCAUUGUACUUCAGGCAGGAUCUUCAAAAAAUGGCUGCCUUUUAUAAAAAGAAAGAUCAAUAGCAUAGUUCUCCACCAGGCUACUUAGGAGCAGGGUGAUGUCCCCCAGAUGAAUGUUGGCAAGAGGUGUUGGGGAUCAGAACUUUGCUGCACAUCCCUCUUGGCAAUCACAUUGAAUACCUAGCUGUGCAGUAUAUGUUUUUGCUUGUCCCUGCUUUUUAUCCUGGAGACAGAUAAAAAGGGGGAAAUAUUAUGACGUAUCUCCACCUCUCUGUUAGUGUAGUGGUAAUUUAACUUUCCUUCAGGCUCAAGCCCUGGGUGGUUCUGGAACCUCGGAAUGCCUCAUUUUAAAAUGUUGCCGCUUGCUUAAAGGAACACUAUAGUGUCAGGAAUACAAACCUGUAUUCCUGACAUUAUAGCUUAAAUUACGGUUUAGUCCCCUAGCUCCCCCUUGGCUCCAGUUAAAAAGGUGAGUUUACUCUUUUUCCAGCGCAGUGCAGGUCCGGUAAACCAACCCCCUUGGUUGAGAUCAUCAAACUUGAUGACCUCAGCCAAUCCAAUGCUUUCCCAUAGGAAAGGCAUAAACAUUUCUCUUAAAAGGCAGUGUUUACAUUAACAAGCCUGCAGGGACAGGCUAUGGACGCCAGAACUACUACAUUAAGCUGUAGUUGUUCUGAAGACUAUAGUGUACCUUUUAAAGAAAAAAACAACUUGGUGAAAGAGUUAAAGAAAAUGUGUAAGAAUUGGCAAUUCUUUUACCAAAUAUUUACUACCUUUAUAAUUUUCUGUUGUCUGCAGAUGGCUACGAAGACAAACACAAGUUAGAUCUUCUGAAAUAUUUUGGUAAAACUCCCAACAUUCUGCAUUGCACAACCAAAUACUGUGACUACGGAAAGGUGGCAGGAUCUGAAGAAUAUGCCAAAAUGGAGGUAAUUAGUGAACCAUGGAGUUUGGCAUGUGGUUGAGAAAUGUACAAAGCACUUUUAUAAAUGCCAAUAAUAAUAAUAUAGUGUACUCUAAAACACCAUUUCAAAUUAUAAAGUGAGGCCUGUUGUUUAAUGUAAAGUUAUUUACAUCCACACACUGUACACCUAAAGGAGAAUAUUGUGUGAGUGGUUCUACACUAACUAAACAUUAUGGAUGUUAUUCACUAAACAAUGAACUGUAAUGAAUUUAAAAAAUAAAAUAGCAUUUUUCUUUUAGAGGAACAUAGAAACAUAGAAUGUGAUGGCAGAUAAGACCAUCUAGUCUGCCCAAUUUUCAAAAUACUUUCAUUAGUCCCUGGCCUUAUCUUAUAGUUAGGAUAGCCUUAUGCAUAUCCCACGCAUGCUUAAACUCCUUUACUGUGUUAACCUCUACCACUUGAGCUGGAAGGCUAUUCCAUGCAUCCACUACCCUCUCAGUAAAGUAAUACUUCCUGAUAUUAUUUUUAAACCUUUGCCCCUCUAAUUUAAGACUAUGUCCUCUUGUUGUGGAAGUUUUUUUUUUUUUCUUUUAAAUAUUGUCUCCUCCUUUACUGUGUUGAUUCCCCUUAUUUAUGGUUUCUAUCAUCUUUCCUCCAAGCUAUACAUGUUAAGUUCCUUUAACCUUUCCUGGUAAGUUUUUAUCCUGCAAUCCAUGAACCAGCUUAGUAGCCCUUCUCUAAACUCUUUCUAGAGUAUCAAUAUCCUUCUGGAGAUACGAUCUCCAGUACCUCAUAUAAUACUCCAAGUGAGGUCUCACCAGCAUUCUGUACAAUGGCAUGAGCACUUCCCUCUUUCUUUACUGCUAACACCUCUCCCUAUACAACUAAGCAUUCUGCUAGCAUUUCCUGCUGCUCUAUUAGAUUGUCAUUAUUACAGAAAUAAUCACCCCUAAAUCCCUUUCCUCAGAUGUUGAGGUUAGGACUCUAUCAAAUAUUCUGUACUCUGCCCUUGGGUUUUUACAUCCAAGAUGCAUUAUCUUGUACUUAUCCAUAUUAAAUGUCAGUUGCCACAACACUGACCAUUUUUCUAGUUUACCUAAAUAAUUUGCCAUUUUGCUUAUCCCUCCUGGAUCAUCAACCCUGUUAUAUAUCUUAGUAUCAUCAGCAAAAAGACAUACCUUACCAUCAAGACCUUCUGCAAUAUCACUAAUAAGUCCAUUCCACUGUACAUAAAAGUAAAAAAAUCAUGCAUGGUUUAAUCAUUUUCCUUGUCUUUCUUAAUUUUACAAGGCUGUAAAAAAGGGUUACUCCAAAGCUUACAUCCUCCACAUUACAGCACUCUUCGUAACUCCCAGGACAGCAGGAGCACGUGUGGAACUGACCGAAGAACAGCUUACUCUGUGGCCACAAGAUGCUGAGAAAGAGGUGAUGCCAAAGGAUACCUUCCCAAAGGGGAGCCGUGCCCAUAUCACUCUGGGCACUGCAGCAGAUGUACAAGAUGUCCAAACUGGUAUCGACCUACUGGAGUUCAUCAAGUUGCAACAGUCAGGGGGGGAGAAGGAAGAUUUAGGUGAAAUAUGUGGGGGCAAGAUAUAUUAUUAUGAAAAUGGCAUGUGGAUGCUAAACCUAUCCAGAAAGAUUGAGGUAAAGACCAUAUUUUCAGGCUACUAUGGGAAAGCUGGAGUUACUGCCCCGCAGCGCGGUGGCAAAAAAGCUUUGUUACCCACAUGUGAAAUAAUGUAAGACCACUGUAAACAAAAUUAGGUGAAAACCCACAGGUUUUUUUUUUAUUUUUAUUUUUUUUAUAUAAAGAAGUUAAGUAAAAGAAUUGGCGCAAUAAUAUGUUUAGCAAAUACUUAAGUGCAAGUGCCCCAAUAUUCAUAGUAAAUUUAAAAAAAAAGUAAUAAUAUCAGAGUUACCAUCAAAUAAAGUGCAAUUCGAGUGCAGCAACCACUCAGAUUAUUGGCAUAAAUCUAUAUUUAAAAAUAAUGGUGCACAAACAAUCUGUGCAAUAUAUAUGCAAAUACUAGUGCAAUAAAUCUAAUUAUCCGUACAAACUACCAUAUGUGGUGCAUAAAAGUGUAAUUCUGAUCCAGCGCACACAAGGAGUGAUCCUCCCUAAGCCAGAGAGUGGUUAGUGGUACUCCACUCAUUGUACCUUUUGUGAGUUACUGUCCAUUUAGAGCAUAGUUUCAGUUAUUUAAAAGCUUUACAGUGUUGCAUGUAUGUCUUGAUUUUCUCAUUCAUAGGAAUUCAGGAUCUGCAUAUCUAAUGUAUAGGCAAACACAUGGCACUUUUUUUAUGCACCAUACAUGGCUGUUUGUACAUAUAAUUAGAUGUGUGUGUGUGUGUGCAUAUAUAUAUAUAUAUACACACACACACACAGAGCACUUAUUUGUAUCACUAACAAAUAUAACAGAUUUACUCUGUACUCUGUAUCCUGAGUAAAAAAAAAAAAAAAAAAAAUUAUUCACUAAUCAGGAAAUUAAGAUUAAAUGACAAAGGAACAGUAAAAUGUAGCACCUCAGCUCUUCUAGAAUAAAGUGUGCUGCUCUGCUGCAUAUUCACCACAAUUUCAUUUUGGUGAAUGCCCUCCAUGCCUUAAGUCAGAUUUUGAAUAUCUGACUGGAAAUAACAUAAACAUUGUUACAGAUCUAUUCACUGAUGCAUAGAUUUAUCAUUUUGCAUCAUUUACAAAAUCAGGCCUUUAAAGUGGCCCAGAAAUGGUCUAUUCAGUAUUUACAUUUGUUCAUUGUUUCAUAUACAAAAAAAUCCAACUAACACUGGUCACGUUGAGCACAGAGUUAAAGGAAAAAGAAAAUUGACCUACACAUAAACCUGGAAGCCAUGCUGCAGUCAGACUUUUAUUGGUCACUAGCAUCAUAUGUUCUCUGUAACCUUAUAUUUUUAUUUUAUUUUUUUAAAGGCUGCAGACUGGUCAUAGAUCAUACCAGGCAACUGCUAUAUUGACACUGAGUGUGUUUUCACUGGUCCCUUUAAGUGUCCCCUGCCUAGCAACAUAUUGGAAUGGAGGCCUGUUGCUAUACAGGGAGAGAGCCUGGAACAGUUAUCCGGCUGCCACUUCUGUUCUUUCCCCUGCACACCACAUUUAGUUUCCCAAGCAGAGCCUCUUCAGUAACAAAUCAGAAUGUGUAAUUUUGUGCGUAAGCAGUAAGGUAUUCAUCCACAAAAUUGAGCCUCUUUUGUUUGCAUUCUUUAGAAAGAAUUGAUUAAAUUUGCCAUGGAGUGUAACCUACCAUUUGCAUGUCUCUACCAGUGGACUGACCACUAUAAAAACAAAUGAGAAGCUAUGAGCUUGUCAUAAAGUGAAGUCCUUUGGCAUGUUAAAUGUGAAGGAUAUGGUAUUGUAGUGCAAGGAGGAGGAGUGGAUAAAAAAAUAAAAAUAAAUAAAUAAAUAAGCUCUUAUAACCUACAACCUAGCCAAUCUACUGCUCCGAUAAUGUAAAUCUUUCACUUAUGUACAACAAGCUGCCAAAACGUCAACAUUAUCCAAGCUGUUAUGGCAAAAAAAAUGGAAGUGGAUUCUUUGCACUAUAACCAUUUUUUUUUAUGUACGUACACUCAUUUAAUGACAACUCUAUGCUUGAAUCAAAACCAUGUUGAUUGUUGCUGGUUGGUACUGACAAAUAAGAAGUGCGACGUUUACAUGAGUCAUAAAUAUAGUUUUGGAGGUAUACGAUCCUCAGUCGAUUUAUGGAAUUAAACUAAACACGGUGUUAAUGAAGCAAAAAUAUAAUUAAUUCAAAAUACCAAUUUCUGAAAGACUCUCUGUGCAGACUGGGGGUGGCUGAGCUUUCUCAGCCGAUUCUGGCCCUCUCAUGUAAUGGCUCCUAUACAGGUUCCCUCAUAGAUAUGCAUGUCACAUGUUUCCAUUUUAUGCAGUACCUUGUUGCCAUGGGCCUACCAGUGCAAUUCGUUUAUCUAGGAAGAAUCUGAGUUAGAGAAAUUGAACCUUUUGUCAUAACCUAUACAAAUAGGCUUAUGUUGCUUGGAGUGUUUCUUUACAACUUUGUCUUAAUCUUACAGAUUAAAUCUGAUUUUUCUAAUGAUGCAUUUAUGCACUUCAUUUAUUGGUCUAUUGUCCUGCACUGGACAUCUGGACAUCUAUUUUCAUGAGAAUCCAUGUGAAUCAAAACAUUGGCAGAAGUGCAUAUUUAGAAAUUUGGUCAAGGCUCUGUUUGAUAACAGAGUAAAGAUUUAACCCAUGUAUGAUUUUGAAGGAAAUGGUUUGUUAUUGCUUUAUUUAAUCUUACUUCUUCAGUAUAUUAGACUUCGAGAUUCAUUUCAUUCUGACCCUCAGUGCAUCCAACUUUAAGCUGAUUAAUUUAUUGGUCGAAAUUCCUGCAUUCAAGGCGAAAUGUAUCUGAAUCACAAAUUAACUACAAAUGACAAUGUUCAUUUUGAUUUAUGAUUCCAAAUUAAAAGGCACACUCCACUGCCCAAAUACACUAAAAAUCAUUGUUUGGUAGAUAUACCCCAAAUGAAAACUUAAUUAUGAAUUUUUUUUUACAUGGGGAUAUAUAUAAAAUCAACUUUCAAAACCUGCAGUUCUCUUGUCUACGGCCUUUGCAAGCUCUCCCCUUCUAACCUUGCCCAGACUUUCUUUGGCUUCAGUCACAGGCUUCCCAAUGCCGUUCAAUGAGAAGAAGUCUUUGUACGUUACAUAGUUACAUAGCUGAAAAGAGACUUGUGUCCAUCAAGUUCAGCUUUCCUCACAUGUUUUUGCUGUUGAUCCAAAAGAAGGCAAAAAACCUAGUCUGAAGCGCUUCCAAUUUUGCCACAAACUAGGAAUAAAUUCCUUCUUGACCCCAAAAUAGCAGUCAGAUGUCUCCUUGCUAUUACCCCACUAAUUAGAAAUCAUAUCCCUGUAUGUUAUGUUUUUGCAAGUAUUUAUCCAAUUGCAGUUUAAACAUCUGUAAUGACUGACAAAACCACCUCUUCAGGCAGAUAAUUCCAUAUCCUUAUUGCUUUAGAUUAAUUCUCCUUUCUUCCAGCCUAAAUGUGUGACCUUGUGUCCUAUGUAUAGCCCUGUUUAUGAAUAGAUUUCCAGAUAAAGGUUUGUACUGGCCCCGAAUAUAUUUGUAUAAUGUUAUCAUAUCCCCUCUCAGGCGCCGUUUUUUCCAAACUAAAGAGAUUUCAUUUUUUUAACCUUUCUUCAUAACUAAAAUGCUCCAUUCCUUUUAUCAAUUUUGUAGCUCGUCUCUGGACUUUUUCUAGUGCCAUAUCAUCUUUCUUUAGAACAGGCGCCCAAAACUGCACAGCAUAUUCAAGGUGUGGUCUUAUAAAGAGCGAUUUAUAAAGAGGCAAAAUUAUAUUUUCAUAUAGAGAAUUUAUGCCCCUAUUUAUACAUGACAAAACCUUACUGGCCUUAGCAACCUCAGAUUGACAUUGCAUAUUGCUGCCUAAUUUGUUGUCUAUAACAAUUCCCAAAUCCUUCUCGUGUGUGGUUAUCCCUAGUUCACUACCAUUUAGGGUGUAAAUUGCUUGUGCAUUCUUAACCCCGAAGUGCAUAACUUUGCAUUUCUCUACGUUAAAUUUCAUCUGCCAUUUUAGUGCCCAGUCCCCCAAUCUAUCCAAAUCCCUCUGCAGCAAAGCAAUAUCCUGCUCACAUUUUAUUGCUUUACAAAGUUUUGUCAUCUGCAAACACUGAUACAUGGCUUUCAAUAAAUGUUAAAUAGAAGUGGUCCCAAAACAGAACCCUGAGGGACACUACUUACUUUUGUCCAGCCUGAAAAUUUACCAUUAAUGACAACUCGUUGUACUCUAUCCUUAAGCCAAUGUUCUACCCAAGAACAAGAAUAUUCAUCUAGACCAAUUUCUUUUAGUUUGAAGACUAACCUGUUGUGAGGAACCGUAUCAAAUGCCUUGGCAAAAUCCAAGUAGAUCACAUCCAGUGCAACACCCUGAUCUAUACUUCUACUUACUUCUUCGUAGACAGGUGCUCUAUGCAAUUACUGCCUCUUGAGGUCAGCUGCAUUGAGCGAACGACACCAGGAAGUAACAUUACCUGUUGUCUGCAUGAAAGCCAAGGGUGUGUAACCAGGUUAAUUUACAAAAGUGUAAAUUUUUACUGAAACUGGCACUUUGUGCAAAAUUUUAAUAUAAAAAAAAAAAAGUGGAGCCACUCUUCACACAAAGCUUUUCAGCAAGCUUAAGUUGCUUAGAGGUCUGGAGUAACCCUUUAAUGAGAAAAGGGAUGAUUGAUAGCUAGGGGACAGUCACUUUUUUUCCCCCCCACAGAUCAAGUAAGAAGUGAGGGGGAUGAAGGUGAACCAUAAAAACAAUGUGUAUAUUUAAUAUAUAAAAAUUGAUUUUUAUUUUUUACUGCUCACUUGAUCUAUGAACCAAAUAGUGGGAAAUGAGUGUACUACAAAACAUAUACAUAAUAUAAAUCUUUUUGCUGUAUAUUGGCCCAUUUUACACCUUUUUUUGGUUUGUCUGAUUUUGUUUUCAGAAUAGGUUUCUUGUUACCUGAAUUCUACCAAGCUCAAUGGACAUAUGGCUGAAAUUCAGUAGUCCCAAUAACAUUUUUAUAUUUAGAAAAAAAUAUUUGCGCAAAAAUAAUUUUUCUGUGCACAAGACUAAUUUUAGAUUUUUCCUGAUUUACACUGUGAGCUUGUAUCCCCUCACCAUCAAAUUCUAUUGUUUCAUUGUAUAUGUUUAAAAAUAUAUAUAUAUCAUCAGCUCUGGCUUUGCACUUCUGUGCAUAUUGAAAGGUACAUACUAAGCAACAUUACACUACAGUUCUUGAAAACCGUUGAGAUUUAAUAAUUGGAUUCAUUUAACUCCUCUAAGACUGUUAGUGCCAAAUAUGUACAACUGAUUUGAGGUGUUAGAAAGUGAACUAUUGAAUACAGACAAUGGCCACACCAGUCAUUUUUUUUAAUCUAAUGUAAGCUCAUUGAGCAGGGCCCUCCACCUCUCUGUUCCUAUACGUCCAGUUGUCUGGUUACAAUUACAUGUCUGUUAGUCCACCCAUUGUACAGCACUACGAAAUGUGAUGGCGCUAUAUAAAUAAUAAUCUAGGAAGCCAAUUUUGGUGCAUCGUAGAAAACUAUAAGGUCACAGGCCCUAAAAUUUUAAUAGAACUCCAAUUUUAUAUUUUAUGCUUUUGGAAGUAAUUUAAUAAUGGAAUUAAGUUGUCUAAAAAGCUUUGAAGAAGUUCUAUGGGUUUAUUUUCCUGGAAACUGUUUUGUAGAUUGAAAUUUGGAGUAAACAAAGACUUUAAAUGUAAAACAUAAAUUGUGCGUGUGUGUGUGUGUGUGUAAAUAUAUACAUACACACACACACACUGCCAUGUAAACAUUUAUUUUUGAUAAAAGCACUAUAUCGAAUUGGCUUCUAUUGUGGUACUAUUUUUGAGAUAGAGAGAGAUAUAUUAUAUACAUACAUAUAUACACACACUUUUUAAAAAUAAUAUUCCAUGUGGUACACUUUUAUUCUCCGUUAUAGCACAAGCAUUGUGGAAACAAAUUCCAUUGUCCUCAGAUUUUUCAGUACAUUUUUUUUUUCUCUUACAGCUCAGCGGCAGUAAUAUCUAAUUAGAAACUGUUUGCAAAAGGUAAAAAUUUUAAAAAAUGCUUAUCUUCUUAAAUUGUUUGUUUGAGUGCCCCAGUAAUGAAACACACAAGACAGUGUUCUGAGCCCCUCAACAUUCAGGCUUUGUUUUUCUUAAUUAUAUAAUAUUUAAUUACAAAAAUAUUCUCUAUAGGCUGUUUAGUUAGAGAAAUCUCUAUAUUCAUACUAAUUCCACAAACUUUAGAUUUGUAAAAUGAAAAUACACUUGGAGUCAUACGAUACUAUAGUAUAACUUCAAGCAUUGAUCAGAUACUCAACAACUAAUAAACCCAACUCAUUUUACCUCUCUUUUACAGGGUAUUAGGAGACACCAAUUGCAAAUAUCUAAUUUAAGGCCAAAAUAACCGAACUGGAAGUAUAUACAUUCUGUUUGGUUUCUCUGGCCUGUAAAUUGAAUUCACUUUGAAUAUUCAAUUUAGUAAAUAACCCUGUUAGGUAGAAUUUAUCAAGGCAAAAACUGAUGCUUUAACUUGACAUCCAUCUCUGUUUGAAUUUAUCACCUGUCAAAAAAACCCAAACCCUUUUGGCUGAUUGUUGGUAAGAGGGAGAAUGUUUUACCCAAUAGAGGACACAAACAUGAUAACUUUUUGCAAAUGGAGUGUGAGUUAACAGAUUUCUGAUAAAUUGCCACAAAUCACCAAUAUUGUCUGUCCCUAGUAUCUCUAUCUAAUGAUGAACGGGAACAGUAAGUAGCUGGUUUGAUGUGCAUCUUAUUUGCCAGGACAAAUGCCAGGCUAGCUGAGAAUAAUGGGAGUUUUAGUUGGGCUUUUUGCUGGUUAUUCCUCUUAAACUCUCUAAACUAUCCAAAGUAAAUUUAUUUUACUAGAAAGCUUAUUAUUAACAUGUAUCUAGUACCUGACUGCUUGUUUUUAUGAGGUGCAGUGAUGCAUGCAAUGAAAUGCUAAUGUUUAAUGUCUAAUUGUACUUGUUGAUUACACAUUUUAAUAUUGCCAAAAACUUGAAUAAUAAAAUAAUGUAUAUGCUGUGUGGUUUCUAUAUCAUUGUGUCUGUGUAGAAUGGAUUACUGCCACUUUAGAGGGAAAGUCUGAGUCAACUUGUGAAUUA